AUGCGUCAUCAUCCACACAAAUUGAUCGAGGGUGCCUUGAUUGCCGGAUAUGCGAUGGGUGCACGUGCUGCCUACAUCUACAUACGUGGAGAAUUCUACAACGAAGCAUGUAUCCUGCAAGAAGCAAUACAUGAAGCUUAUAAGGCACUAAUCGAAUCAAUGGAAGGCAAACAGGGCAAGCCACGUCUGAAGCCGCCUUUCCCGGCCGAUAUUGGCCUGUUCGGAUGUCCGACCACGGCGCUAAUCGAAUCAAUGGAAGGCAAACAGGGCAAGCCACGUCUGAAGCCGCCUUUCCCAGCCGAUAUUGGCCUGUUCGGAUGUCCGACCACUGUGAAUAAUGUGGAAACAAUUGCAUCGGCACCGGCAAUAUGCAAACGUGGUGCCGCAUGGUUCGCUUCUUUUGGACGUGAACGAAAUCAUGGAACCAAGCUUUAUUGCAUCUCGGGACAUGUUGUGAAUCCAUGCACCGUGGAGGAAGAAAUGUCAGUCCCGUUGAAAGAGCUCAUCGAACGCCAUUGUGGGGGUGUUAUUGGCGGUUGGGACAACCUGUUGGCUAUCAUACCGGGCGGCUCCUCAGUUCCACUGAUCCCAAAAGAGUGA